GUCACUUCCGGGCUGGGCGCUGCACGGGCUCGCGUUUGGAAGGCUUCGUACAAUGGAGGAGGGAGGGGGUGGAAUCCCCCUCCCCGCUGGCAGCGCUGGGCCCCGCGGCCCGGCAGGAGAUGCUAAACCAGAACAAAAAGUUGGUGAGAAGAAGAGGGGUGUGAAGAGACCACGUGAAGACCAUGGUCGUGGAUAUUUUGAGUACAUUGAAGAAAACAAGUACAGCAGGGCCAAAUCUCCUCAACCUCCUGUUGAAGAGGAAGAUGAGCAGUUUGAUGAUACAAUGGUUUGUCUUGAUACUUAUAACUGUGACCUGCAUUUUAAAAUCUCAAGAGACCGUUUUAGCGCUUCUUCUCUGACGAUGGAAAGUUUUGCCUUUCUCUGGGCUGGAGGAAGAGCCUCCUAUGGAGUUUCCAAAGGCAAAGUCUGCUUUGAGAUGAAGAUUACAGAGAAGAUUCCUGUUAAACAUUUGUAUACAAAAGACAUUGAUAUACAUGAAGUGCGGGUUGGCUGGUCACUCAAUACAAGUGGAAUGUUGCUUGGUGAAGAAGAAUUCUCUUAUGGAUAUUCCCUAAAAGGAAUAAAGACAUGCAAUUGUGAAACUGAAGACUUCGGUGAGAAGUUUGAUGAAAAUGAUGUGAUUGCAUGUUUUGCUCACAACUGUGCAGUUGAAUUCAACUUUGGUCAGAAAGAUGAACCCUACUUUUCUGUUCUUGAAGAGUACGCCUUCAUUCAGAAGGUUCCACUAGAAGAUCGGGUUCGUGGACCAAAGGGACCUGAUCAAAAGAAAGAUUGUGAAGUAGUAAUGAUGAUUGGCUUGCCUGGAGCUGGAAAAACAACAUGGGUCACCAAACAUGCAGCAGAGAACCCUGGAAAAUACAACAUCCUUGGAACAAAUACUAUUAUGGACAAAAUGAUGGUUGCAGGUUUUAAGCGGCAGAUGGCUGACACUGGAAAACUAAACACGUUGUUGCAGAGGGCUCCACAGUGUCUUGGCAAGUUCAUUGAGAUUGCUGCUCGUAAGAAGCGGAACUUCAUUUUGGAUCAGACAAAUGUGUCUGCAGCUGCGCAGAGGAGAAAAAUGUGCCUGUUUGCAGGCUUCCAGCGCAAAGCAGUUGUUGUUUGCCCUAAAGAUGAAGACUACAAGCAAAGAACACAAAAGAAGGCAGAGGUGGAGGGAAAAGAUCUUCCAGAGCAUGCAGUUCUCAAAAUGAAAGGGAACUUCACACUGCCAGAGGUAGCAGAAUGUUUUGAUGAAAUAAUCUAUGUAGAGUUACAAAAAGAGGAAGCCCAAAAGCUCUUGGAACAAUAUAAAGAAGAAAGUAAAAAGGCUCUUCCCCCAGAAAAGAAACAGAACACUGGUUCAAAGAAGAACAAAAAGAGUAACAAAAAUCAGUUCAGAGGACAGAGGGGACGCGGAGGAUUCAACAUGCGUGGCAACUUCAGAGGAGGUGUACCUGGUAACCGUGGUGGAUACAACAGAAGGGGAGGCAAUAUGCCUCAGCGUGGAGGUGGUGGUGGAGGUGGUGGUGGUGGCAGCAGUGGUGCCAUCGGCUAUCCAUACCCUCGUGGUCCUGUUUUUCCAAGCAGAGGUGGCUAUUCAAACAGAGGAAAUUAUAACAGAGGUGGAAUGCCCAACAGGGGGAACUACAACCAGAAUUUCAGAGGAAGGGGAAAUAAUCGUGGCUACAAAAACCAAUCUCAGGGCUACAACCAGUGGCAGCAGGGGCAAUUCUGGGGUCAGAAGCCAUGGAGUCAGCAUUAUCACCAAGGAUAUUAUUGAAUACCCAAAUAAACGAACUGAUACAUAUUUCUCCAAAACCUUCACAAGAAGUCGACUGUUUUCUUUAGUAGGCUAACUUUUUAAACAUUCCACAAGAGGAAGUGCCUGCGGGUUCCUUUUUUAGAAGCUUUGUGGGUUGAUUUUUUUUUUCCUUUUUUUUUUUUUUUUUGUACAUUUUUAAUUGCAGUUUUAAAGUGAUUCGUAAGAGAACCUCAGCAUUGUGCACGAUAAGAGAAUGUGUCAGUAUUUCAGGGUUCUACGUUUUAUCUGUAAAAUGUGACUUUUUUUUUUUUUUUUUUUUUUUUUUUUUUUUUUUUUACCACAACAAAAGUAAAACGUUGCUUUGUAUCUGGUGUCUUCUUAUUAAAAAAAUUUUUUUUCUUUUUCCCCCUUCGCCAAUUUCUGAGAAACAGUCGUGAGUCACUGUCCAAUACAAUAGAAAUGUUAGCAACCAAAUUCAUGUAGAGGCUUAUAGUGGCCCUCAUGAAUAUCAUGAGACUGUAAAAGCUCAUAUUACACUCCAUCCUCUCUAUACCGUUUCUAAGGGGGGAGAGGGGCGGAUUUGGGAAGCAAAAGUUUUCUGGCAAUAACUAGAAAGGCUUUUUGUAACUUUGGAGUGCUGUAAAACGGGACAAAGAGGAAAUCCAGUGGUGAAUAGUGAAGGUGGAGUGCAUGUAGAAGAGCUCUUAAAGUGUAAAACUUGGUUGCAUUAUUUGUGGAGGCUCAAACUUGUGAAGGUACAACAUCAUAAAUUCUUUUCCAUUUGUUCUGCAUUUUGAUUCUGAAAAGAAGCUGGCUUUGUCCAUUUCUUAUUAAACAAAACUUGUUGUAAAUCAGUUGUCUAAUGGGAUCUAUAUAAAGUUAGCUGUGUGUCUGUAACCCUUUCCCCAGAAAAUACUGUAUACCUAGUGUGCUUGUAGUAGUUACUCCACCAUUUUGUAAGCUAAUGAAACUGUGAGUCACCCAUUUUAUAUCUAAUUUUUAAUCAUGUCUAUUCUUAAAUGGGUGUAUCUCCUUAGCCUGCUGAUUUCCUUUUCUCUUUAAAAAAGUGGGUGGAGAAAUUAAACUUUAGACGUUUGUUUGCAAUAAAAUAAAUUCAUUUUA